GACGCGGAACGCCGGAACGAAAGAAACGUUUUUGCCGUUGCCGCUCAUCACGUGACUCGCGGCAAGCGCUCUCCUUUGACUGUUCUUGUAGAACGUGCUUCACGGACGGCCAUCACCGACGACGACGACGAAGAGUUCACAACGACAGGACGAGCAACGCCAUGGAAGUUGAGACACGACCAGCACCAGCAUCUGCCAGUAUCCAGGUCGCCGACAAUCCUCUCCAGCCGAAAAAGAUAUCCGCCUACUAUUCUCUUGUCUUCCCGAAUUUCACUUUCUACAUCCAGACUCUGUCAGUCACUAUCGGUCGUCGGUGUAGUCCCAACCCUAAUGCAGCGACGACAUCCUUGCCUCCUUCGAACGUUGCCCAGGUCGAUGUGGACCUUGGUGCCCUCAAGAGUGUGUCACGACUUCACGCCAGGAUAGAGUAUGACAAAGAGGAGGAUCGCUUCGUGCUCGUUGUCAUUGGACGCAAUGGUGCUUGGGUAGACGGUGUCUGGUCUGGUAGCGGAUCUAGGGCUCCUCUUGGUGAACGGUCCCAGAUCCAAAUCGCCUCUCGGACUUUUCAUUUUGUUUUGCCACCACCAGCACCACUGCCACCAGAUGAUACACCCUCACCAAGUUCACCAUCAUCAUCUGCCAAUCGUCCCCGGUCACCUUCCCUUGAUAUCACGUCGAUAUCGCCUCCUUCUUCCCAGCCAUCACACUCGCCUCCACCUCGAGAGGUUAAACUAUCACCACCACCACCAGCAGAGCAUCAACUACCCAAUUCUAAUGCUAUUACACGGUCGAUGAAGCCGGCCAAGAAACGCAAGAAAAGUGACAUUACAGAAAUACCAACAACCCUCGCCCUCAAAGAGAAACCCAGACCUGAAGAGAUACCCCCCAAACCUGCUUUUACCUAUUCGCUGUUAAUAUACCGUGCCAUUAAGGCUUUGGACGGCAAGGCAACGCUCCAAGAGAUAUGCACCUGGAUAAUGAAUGAGUUUGAUUAUUAUCGCUAUACCGAUGGUAGCGCUUGGAUGAGCUCAGUACGACACAAUCUAUCUUCGAGUCGCGCAUUCAAGAAAAUGGAAAGGUGUGGAGGGGACCGAGGAAAGGGAUUCUUUUGGUCUCUGGACGAGGAACAUCAACACAUGAUUGAAGAACAAGAAGCUAAAGCGCAGCAAGCAGCCUCCGCUGGAAUGCAGUCGAGUACGGGGAAGGGAGACAAGGAGACGAAAGCUGGGAGAAAGAAGGAGAAGGGUGCGCCGCUAUCGGAGCCUCCAUUAAAACGGAGCAUCAAGGGCGAUACGAAGGGCUCAGCUUUACCACCUCCAUUGACUUCUAUUCCACUGCCAUUACCGGGAAAGACUGUCGCCUCAGCUGUCCCGGGUACUACGGGAGUCUUUGCCUACCAUCAAGGACAUACUAUGACUUCCAUUGGGACAUCUGGCUAUUCUGGAACACCUAUGAGCGGACCAAAUCCAUACGCGGCCCUGACUCAAUCUAAUUGGAGGAUGCAUUCGCAGGUAGCCGCGAGACCUGUUGUUAAUGCGGCAGCCCCCACGACUAUCCCCACCACGACUAAUGCACCUUCGGUACCUGUUAACGCUACUGCUACUACUCCGGCGAACAAGUCAGCUCCAGAGUCUACAACACUCCCUGCUUCGACUGCGAUCGCAUCGAAAGCGGCUAAGCCACUACCUCCUGUCACCUCGAUGACGGUUCCUGCUAUACCAGAUAUUCCUGUUCCUAUCGUUAUUGGACCUAUUCCUCCUACUCACCAAGAUUAUUCGCCUUGUCACCCAAAUAAUUCAGCGAAGGAGGGAUAUAUGUUGUACCACGAAGGCAAGCUGUUGUUGGAUCCAAAGGUCUUCAGUAGCAUUACGGGAGACAUUCUAACUAGUUUGGAGCGAAUGGGGGCAGCGAAAGCUAUGGAAAUCUUGGCGGGACAUAUGAUCAGAGUAAUGAGAGAGCGGAGAGCGCGUGAGAGAAAGGCUGGGAGAGGGCGGGGAAGAGGAGGGAAAGGCGGUGGGAAGUCAAAGAAAGAAGGUGCAAAUGGCAACCCAGCUGCUCCUUUCACAACGGUCCCAUUUCCUGUUCGAGGCAGCAAUGCGGCAGCAGAAGACAAAGAAGUGCCUUCGCCACCUGUUACUGCUGCGACAACAGAACCUGGCUCACCUAUGGUCGUUGUUGACGACUCUGAAGAUGAGGGACCGGCGCCGAAAAAGCGGAGAGUGGACUUGGACACGCAUUCGUAGUCCAGAUGUUAUCAUGGUGGCCCCCACCUAGGCCUGUAGUUGCCUCUCUUGAUUUCUUGAUGAUCCGCCGCUCGUUACAUGACUGUAUAUUAGAUGUAUCAAUUAUGCAGUGUAUUGUACAUACAUAUAUAUAUAUAGACGAAUCCUUACAGGUAGGUUGCUUGUCAACCUACAAUGAUAUCCUCUUUCAGCU